UAUACCACCAAUUAAUUCUCGUAUACAGCUCGUCACUUUGAAUAUCAGUUCCGAUUAUCAAUACCAGAUGCUGGUAGUAUCAUUAGAGCAUAUGAACAAAUGUUUUUAAAGAGUUCCAAUCUAUGUAAUAAUUAUGGUUCACAUCACGAAGACAAAUCUGUGUGCCGCCGAUUAUUUGACAAGCAGAAUAACCUAAAAUUUGGUCAAAUCUUUUCAUAAAAAAAUAUCCGUACAACACUGUUAUUCGUCUAGAGGGCACAUUUCGUUAAGAUUUCACCUUGAUUUAAGUUAUUGUUGACGUUUUGCUAGUAUUUUUGAUAAGGUGAUCAACCCGUACGUGGGUUUACAUGUUCAACGAUAUAAAAACAUUUCAAUACUACAAUUUCCAUGGCAUUUUCAUUAAAUGAUCAAAUUUAUACUAAGUCUUUCACUCCUAGAGAAUAUCAAGUGGAGCUCCUCUACGCAGCUUUAGAGAGCAACAUAAUUGUAUGUCUAGGAAAAAAUUCUGAACAGAUAUUUAUUGUUAUCAAACUAAUACAAGAAUUGGCAAAUAGCAACAGAAGAUCUCCGUCAGAAGGAGGCAAGCGUUCAGUAUACAUUCUAAGAGAUACAGAACGAUGUUUAACCAAAGCUGUAUAUAUACAACAAUUAACAGAUUUACGUGUGCUUAUCUGUGAUUCAGAGACAUGGCCAGAGUUCGAUAGAAAAUUCGCUGAAAGUCAGGUGAUUGUCGCCACGUCACGUGUUUGUGCAGAUCUGUUAAUUGAAAAUAAAAUUUAUCCAAGUCAGAUAAAUUUGGCAAUUGUAGAUCAAUGCCACAAAGCAGUCAACGAUGAAAAGCUAAAGUUUGUUUUGCAAAAAUUUAACGUCUCUGAUGGCCCUCGACUGAUUGGUUUUGCUGCACCAGUUUUUAAUCUAACUUGUGAGCCAGGACGACUAGAAGCAGAAGUUGAACUCUUGGAAAAAACCUUUCAUUGUAGAAUUGAAACAGCUAGUGAUAUUUUAUCAGUAUUACGAUAUAGUCCAAAACCAAAAGAGUACAUUGUAGAAUACAAAUGUGGCGAAUAUGAAGAAUUAAACCAGACUCUGGAGAGCUGUGCUAUGCACGCUAUGAACUUUUUAUGUGAUCAUCGCUAUGAUCCCACUGAAAUUUACAACGAUGAGUUCCUCGAGGACAUACAGAAGAUUCCUGAUCCUAAACAGGAACCUUGCUCAAUGAUAGAAGACUUUUUGUACAUACUUCGAACACUUGGGGCUUGGUGCGCCAAUCAUGCUGCUCUGGCUUUGCUAAUCCAGGCAGAAAAGCUGAAAGUAAAAACCCCUUAUGAGCGACACUACUUAUUAUUCAACGUUGUAGUUUCCUUGUUUAUUAAAAUAAGAGCUAUAUGUGAAAGUGAAUUUGAAAAUUUGAACGAAAGAGAAAAAUUGUACAAAUUCUCCACUCCAUGUGUUCAUCGACUAUUACAUAUACUUAAGUGUUAUGCCCCAUCUAACAAAAAGGAAUUGACUAUCCCGGACAACAAACUGAGUAAUGGACAUAGUGUAUCUACCUGCAAGAAAGAAAUUGAUACUGGAAAAGAUGUCCUCCAACAAUCAAAAUACAUUGGAAAUGUCAGAAAAUUGCGAACUGGCAUUAAAAGAACUCCAAAAUCAUUACGGUACCCACGUAGUCAAAUUGAUCCAGAUCUGUUGUGCGGAGUUAUUUUUGUGGAUAAAGGAUUUACAGCAAAAAUAUUAUUCUAUCUGCUGUGUGAUGCUUGUAAAUAUGACAAAGAUUUACAAUUUCUUUCUCCACUUUAUACAAUUGAAAAGAAUCCUGAGGGAACAAGCUCUGCUCAUGACAUGGAGGUUCAGCAUCGGAAACAAGAGGAGGUUUUAAAGAGCUUCCGGAUACACGAAUGUAAUCUUUUGAUUGCUACAUCGAUAUUGGAGGAGGGAAUAGAUAUACCAAAAUGUAAUUUUGUGAUGAGGUAUGAUUUCCCUAAGAGCUAUCAGUCUUACGUGCAAUGCAAAAGCCGAGCUCGGGCAGUUGAUGCCCUUCAUAUACUUUUCGUGAGUGAAAAAAUGUCCAACGAGUAUAUACAACAGCUAGCUGAAUAUCACUAUAUUGAAAAGACUUUAUUAUUAAAAUGCGCCAAUAAGGAACCAUCGGAAGAAGAAGAAUUCUUGGCGGAUAAAUAUGGUGAUUUGUUACCUCAGUACAAACCAUUAAGCAUUGAGGGCUCACCUAGUGUUUCUUUUAAUUCUGCAAUAUCUUUGGUUAACAGGUAUUGUGCCAAGCUGCCUAGCGAUACGUUCACUCGAUUAACACCGGAAUGGAUGAUUGAACCAACAAUUGUUGACAAUAAAACCAUGUAUGUUUGUUCCAUACGUUUGCCAAUAAACUCGCCUGUGAAAUAUACACUAACGUCAUAUCCAAUGCCGAAUAGAGCAAUGGCUCGUCGCUUGGCUGCACUUCAACUCUGUAUAGAUCUUCAUAGAGCUAAUGAAAUUGAUGAUUAUUUGUUACCUAUUGGAAAAGAAAAUUUUAAAGCAAACCCAGAAGAUGCUGAAGUACCUGCACUACCAGAUGAAACAAAAGCUGAGUUUUCCGAAGCGCGUCCAGGUACCACUAAACGAAGACAAUACUACUAUAAAAAGACUGCCGAAGUGUUAACAGAUUGCAGGCCUGUUCCGAUGACGAAAUCGUUUUUAUAUCAUAUUAGUAUGGUACUCACUUGCCCUUUGCCUGAGGAACAAAAUACAAGAGGUCGUCGAAUAUAUCCUCCUGAAGAGUCAGCUAUAGGAUUUGGUAUCUUAACUCUAAAAAAAAUACCAAAGCUAUGCCCAUUCCCAAUAUACACAAGAUCGGGAGAGGUUCAUGUGAAACUUGAAUUAAGUAAGGAGACAGUUACAUUGAAUGCUGGUCAAAUUGAACGCGUAGCAGCCUUCCUCAACUACACGUUCACAAAUGUUCUAAGGCUCCAAAAAUACCUGAUGCUAUUUGAUCCGAAUGCUUCCGAGCAUUCAUACUUUAUUGUUCCUGUAAAAACGGUUACCACAGAAAAUGGCCCGGAUGUUAAUGUGCAUUGGGAGUUCUUAGAAUGUAUAUAUGAGAACAGGAAUACAAUACCGAAUGAAGUGUCUGAAGAAGUUCGCAAACAAUUCAAAUUUGAUGCAACUAAAUACCAUGAUGCUGUUAUUAUGCCAUGGUAUAGAAAUAAGGAUCAGCCACAAUAUUUUUAUGUAGCGGAAAUUUGUGCCAACUUGAACCCAAGAUCUUCUUUUCCUGGGGCUGACUACAGUACAUUUGAGGAGUAUUAUUUGAAGAAAUAUAAUAUACAGAUUCAGAAUCUUAAUCAGCCGUUACUUGAUGUAGAUCAUACGUCAGCUCGGCUCAAUUUCCUCACACCAAGAUAUGUUAAUCGUAAAGGUGUUGCAUUACCCACUAGUAGUGAGGAAACCAAGAAGGCAAAAAGAGAAAAUUUGGAACAAAAACAAAUAUUGGUAGCAGAGCUUUGUGCUAUUCACCCAUUUCCUGCCUCAUUAUGGAGACAAGCAGUUUGUCUGCCAUGCAUACUUUAUAGAAUCAACGCACUUCUUCUUGCUAAUCAAAUACGAUGCCAGGUAGCAGAAAUGAUAAAUUUGGGGCAGCAACAUUUAAAUCCAGACUUUGAAUGGUUGCCAUUAGACUUUGGUUGGAGUUUGGCGGAAGUUUUGAAGAAAUCAAAGGACAGUAGUAAAUUGAUUGAAAUUAAAAGUGAUGCUAAAACUACAGAAUCUGUUAUACCUAAAUUGGCAGAUAGUAUGCCCAUAGCAGAAAAAAUUGAGAAAGAUAUUUCUUCAGAAUAUGACGAUUCCGUGGAUAAAGAUAAUGAAAUGGAAAUUGGAACGUGGUCCAAUGAAAUGGCCAUAAAUGCAGUGGAAUUGAAUAAUGAAAAUAUUUUUUCACCAAAUUUAACGGUGCUACAAGAUACCUUUUCUUGGAAUGAUAUUAGGUAUGGCUCCCCUGCCUGUGAUUCUGACUUAGAUGCUUACGACACUGAUGACACCUCUAGUGAAGCAAUGGGAGAUUUUUCAGACGAAAGUGAUGAAGGCAGUGGUGGUCUACGCAUUUCUUUCAUGGGAGAUAAUGUUGCAGAAGCAGUGGAAGAUGAAAACAGAAUACGUAAAAGUGAAAUUAAUAAAAGAAUUUUAGAUUUAUUAGAGUUGGAAAGAACUUACGAUGAAGAUGUUUGGCAGUGUCCCAAUGAUAUUGAGAAUGGAUUAAUUCAACAACAUAAGACAAUUCAAAAUAUUGAAACUAAUCGAACCAAAGAAGAAAUUCUGACGAAUGGGAUGUUUAUUCGUAGCGAUCAAGAAAUCAUUUUGACGAGGCGCUCGGUAGCUGUGCAAAAUAAAACUGAGUUACCGCCAUCUGAGUAUCAUGAAUACAUCUCUCAGGUUUCGAAAAGAUUUACACAGGAAGUUAUUAAUAUUAAGCCUCUGAGGCAACCCAUUAAGAAACAAUCAAACAACUCUCAGGUAUUAGAAGAGAUAGAUGAUUCUCUUUUUAGUUUUGAUUAUCAACCGAAUUUAAAUGGACACCCUGGACCAAGUCCAAGUUUAAUUCUUCAAGCGUUGACAAUGUCAAAUGCUAAUGAUGGUAUUAAUCUAGAGAGGCUCGAAACUAUUGGAGAUUCUUUUCUAAAAUAUGCCAUAACUACAUACUUGUAUUGUACAUAUGACAAUAUACAUGAAGGAAAAUUGAGUCACCUGAGAUCAAAACAAGUGAGCAAUUUAAAUUUAUAUAGAUUAGGCCGUCAAAAAGUAUUGGGUGAAAGUAUGAUAGCAACUAAAUUUGAACCACACGAUAACUGGUUACCGCCAUGCUAUUAUGUACCACGUGAAUUAGAACAAGCAUUAAUAGAAUCUGGAGUGCCGGCAAAUUUGUGGAACCAAGCAGAUAUUCCAGUUCUCAGAGCUGUAAAUCGAAAUGAAAUAUGCCAACUUGUCCGAGAAACGGAGCAUAAGCUCGAGAUUAUGCGAACUGAAUUGGAUAGAAGCAGUAAUGAUUCCGUGACUGAUUUUGAAAAUCUACGAUGUUUCAUACCAUAUAAUCUAAUUACACAGCAUAGUAUACCUGAUAAAAGUGUCGCUGACUGUGUGGAAGCUUUAAUAGGAGCAUAUUUAAUAGCAUGUGGGCCCAGAGGAGCUUUUUUAUUUAUGGCCUGGCUAGGAAUUCAUGUCUUACCAUUCCAAAAAGUUUCUGUCAUAUCCACCAAUGAACCUCUCGACAGACCUCCAGGUAGUUCAUCCUAUGUUAAGGAAAUUAACGAAAAUGGAGAAACAUGCUGGACACAAAUACGCUAUGGAAACUUAGAUGAGCCACAGUGCCCACUUUUGAGGCAUGUACCAGAUCCUGAAAAGGAGUUGAGUCUGAUGCUGGAUGGCUAUAACGAUCUUGAAGAAAGGAUGGGUUAUAAGUUUCGAGAUCCGAGUUACUUACUGCAAGCAUUCACCCAUGCAUCUUAUCAGCCAAAUAAAUUGACAGAUUGUUACCAGCGUUUAGAAUUUCUUGGAGACGCAGUUUUAGAUUAUCUGAUAACAAGACAUUUGUAUGAGGAUACAAGGCAACAUUCCCCUGGUGCUCUCACAGAUUUGAGGUCAGCUUUGGUAAAUAAUACAAUAUUUGCUUCGCUGGCAGUGAGAUGUGGGUUUCAUAAAUAUUUUCGCCAUCUAUCACCAGGUUUAAGUGUAGUCAUUGACAGAUUUGUGAGAAUACAAGAAGAAAAUGGUCACUCUAUCAGUGAAGAAUAUUAUUUAAUUGGAGAAGAUGAAUGCGAAGAAGCAGAAGACGUUGAAGUUCCAAAGGCAUUAGGUGAUGUUUUUGAAUCCUUAGCAGGAGCAAUUUAUUUAGACAGUGGUAUGUCUCUUGAUGCUGUUUGGAGGGUGUAUUAUAGAAUCAUGAGGUCUGAAAUAGAACAAUUCAGUACGAACGUACCGAAAUCUCCAAUAAGAGAAUUAUUAGAGUUAGAACCUGAAACCGCAAAAUUUGGGAAGCCUGAAAAACUAGCUGAUGGUCGGCGGGUACGAGUCACGGUAGAUGUGUUUGGAAAGGGUUCUUUCAAAGGAAUAGGAAGGAAUUAUCGCAUUGCUAAAUGUACAGCAGCAAAAUGUGCACUUAAAAAACUGAAAAAAAUGCAACGACAUCAAAGAGAAAAACUGUGAUCAUCGAAUUUUAUAAAAUAUCACCUUGUAACAGGAUAUCUCAAUGGUUAUUUUUUAAUUAAGAUGAGGUCAGAUUGUUUUGUAAAUAUAGAUGUAAAGUUUGUCUGACGAUUAUCUUAUUGUAUCAAACUUUACAUAGGGGGGCAAAAUGUUGUACACAAACGGCGUGGAUUUCUUAUUUAACUGAUCCUAUUUGAACACUUUAUAACUUGAAUAUACUGAAUGCAGUAUACAUUUCGAGAGGCAAAAUUACAGUUUCAAUCACUUACAAAGAAUUUCCUAAUUGGGAAUAAACUUCUAUUUAGUGCUAUAAGAUCUAUGUGAAUUUUCAUGCACUCUAUAGAUCAUUUGAUUUUCGCAAUUCCCAGUAUGUUGACAACCAUUCCUGUGAGUUAUCAGUAGUUAUAUCUUUUGAACAAUGUGGUGUGAAUGAAAAGUAAUCACUACCGUAAGAUAAUAUUAGAUUUUCAUUAAGUGGAAUAAAAUGGUCAUUUCACAUACAUUCCAAAAAUAAGUAGCGAUCAAUGGAGAAAUUGAAUUUUAUCAGUAACUAACGCACAAAAUCCAUACUCUUUUCGAAUCUAGGGUCAAGUGUAAACUUAAACUGGAUGUUAAAGACUCUGUUCACAUAUUCAUAUUUAUGUCUGAUAUUUUCUUUAGUAUUGGGUCUUCGCACCAUCUUCUCAGAAAUUCGCAAUAAAAUAUAUAGAACCCACAGCACGAACAAGAAAUACUUGUAUAAUUAAAUCAAUUUUCUCAUGCCAAAAUAUUUUAUAAAUUCAAAACAUUCGCUUACACUUCGAUAAACAAAUCUGGUUGUUCAACACCACGUCUUCCAAUUCAAU